CGCUGUCGGAAUAGAAUUUUCAGUACGAUUUAUGACAACAACGCGCUAGGUUGUCAAGAACGCCUUUAAAUAUCUUGAGAGUCGCAUUGCCUUCAAUUGAAAUCACACAAACACAAACGUUUGUGCAAAAUAGUUAGUCGAACGGGUAUCGAAAGUGUUGAGUGCGCGUCAAACGGCAUUCCAAUUCAAACACGAUGCUGCCACACAAGUUAAUGUGGCCAAACAUUGGCAUCCUCAUGUUAUUAUUGUUAACAACUCACGUCAAUUGUUUCAAUAUAUCACCGAAACCGAAUAUUGUCGUCAAAGAUCCUGGCUUCGUCACGGAUAUGCCGAAAUAUCAGUCGUCGUAUUUUGGAUUUGCUCUUAAUCUGAGACCCUUGGGCAUUAUUGUCGGUGCUCCACGUGCUCAGUCAACAUUGGAGGAACAGCGCGCUGUCAAUGAAACCGGUGCCAUUUAUCGCUGUACUCUAACUGGCACACCGAAAUGCAACACUUAUGUGUUCGACGAUCGUGGAAAUAUCAAUGUUCCGGUCAGUGAAUAUUCAUAUGACUCGGAGAUGAAAGAUCACCAGUGGCUGGGAGCAUCCAUAGACGGAGGUCGGACUGAUACGGACAAACUUAUCGUAUGUGCUCCUCGUUUUAUCACACCUGCUACAAAUGAUUACCUAAUGCACGGUAUCUGCUAUUGGAUCAAUAACACGCUGACUCAGAAUCCGGUUAACGUGACAAGAAUUUCGCCAUUACGUGGCAAGCAGGAACAAGUUACAGACGAGAAUGGAAAGCGCAUUUAUUAUUACAUGUUGGGCGAACAGGGCAUCAGUGCCCAUGUCACUCCCGACAACGAAGAGUUCUUGAUUGGCGCUCCAGGUAUACACACAUGGAAGGGAUCCGUGAUACGUUAUCGCAAGGUGGUGGACACUGACGAACCGAGUUUGAGCCGUCGCGAUACCAGCAGUGUGUCACGGGCACGCAUUACCAGACAGGCCGACGUUCAGCCCACACCGUUUACAAGAUACGAAGUCGACAUACCAAAUCCCAAAAAUUUCGAUCAGCCCGACGACUCUUACUUCGGUUAUUCUGUGGCAUCUGGCUAUUUCGAUUCGAAUGAUCGCAAGAAAUUAUUAUACGUUGCCUCGGCACCUCAGGAUAACCAACAAUCGGGGUUGGCAUAUAUCUUCGAUUUUUCCAGGAACUCGCUAAACAAACUUUACGUAUUUCGCGGUACACAGUUUGGAGAGUAUUUUGGUUAUGCGGUUUUAGCCGAGGAUGUCAAUGGUGAUGGUCUGACCGAUGUGAUCGUCUCUGCCCCGCAGCACAGUAUUUCGGGAUCAUUCGAUGAUGGAGCCAUUUAUGUUUUCCUCAACGAAGGCAAUAUGAAUUUCGAACGGAAUAUUAUAUUGUCACCCAUUCGAGGCAAGGCCCGAUUUGGCAGCACACUCACCGCCUUGGGCGACAUCAAUCAUGAUGGUUUCAAUGACAUUGCAGUCAGUGCUCCGUUCGCCAAGGAUGGAUCUGUAUUCGUUUAUUUGGGUAGCGAACGUGGUCUACGCGAACGUCAUAGUCAGCGUUUCGAUUUUAACAGUGCCCAAAAGUCCGCUUACGGCCAAGCAAUGUUUGGUCACGGUCUCUCUAAGGGUUCGGACAUUGAUGGCAAUGGUUUCAAUGAUUUUGCCAUUGGUGCUCCCAAUGCGGAAACAGUAUUCGUGUAUCGUUCAUAUCCGGUGGUAUCCAUUAAGGCUAGUAUUUCUUCGGCAACCCGUGAAAUCAAGCCAGAACAAACAUCCUUCCGAGUCAAAGUGUGUUACAGCAUUAUCACAACUUCGCCUAAAACACAAUCCCAAGAACUGAACAUGCACGUUAUUCUGGAUCCCCAAGUGAAGCGGGUUCAAAUCGCCUCUACGAAUAGCAACGAAAUGAAAUUCAAAUCUACAGCCACGACGAAGGAGCAGUGCACCGAAAUCGACUGUAAUGUCCGUUUCAAUGUGGAAACCAUAUUCAAACCGAUUGAAAUGGAAUUGCGCUAUGGAUUGGCCAAUGGCAUUCCGAAUACUGAAGAAUUCUGUGAAACUUGUGCUGCUGUAGAUCCCGCAGAGCCUUCAUCCCACACGGAGAAGAUUAUCUUCAGCACCGGAUGUGCCUCGGAAAUUUGUGUGGCCGAUUUGCAAGUUAAAAGUAAUUUAGAGAAUAAAUUCGUUUUGGGUAGUAGCCGCACUUUCAGCGUUUCCUAUGAUGUCUCAAACAACGGUGAAACUGCCUAUUUACCCCAGAUCAACAUCACCUCCUCCAAUCGUAUGCCGUUUGCCAAAAUUCCCUCCAACUGCAAAACAAAUAAUCAGGAUGUCUCUCUAAUAUGUGACCUCAAUCGGGGCCAACCAAUGGCCAAGGGCUCAAAGGACACUGUCACAGUGAUAUUCGAUACAAGCAACAUAUCGGGACAAAGUAUGACCAUAGUGGCCAAGGUCUUCAGCACUGGAAGGGAACUUAACGACAGGGAUAACAUUGCCUCAGAUGUGAUUACCCUAACCGAGUUCACCGAAAUUGUUGCUGUUGGAAAGCCAAUCACAGAGCAUAUCAACUUGGAAAAGGCAGGCAAUACAGCUGAAGUGAUUAAUCUCUAUGAUAUCAAGAGUGUUGGACCCAGUAAUAUCGGUUCUAUGAAAGUCGUAUUUGACAUACCCGUGGCCUACAUCAACUCAGGAAAUAACAAAAAUAUACCAAUUAUUGAUUUGAGCAACAUCACAAUGCAAGCCGUCUACGAUUCACAAAUCAAGGAUGUUCAGUUCUAUCAGAAUACCACGCAAAUCCUGAUGAACGCAGUGGAGAAAGCAUCCAGCUACUCGACACAAUUUACCGGCAAAAUUGCCUCGAUUGGCGACGGAGCAGGCAACAACAAUGGCAUGCAUUACGACUCCACCAAUAUGGGUCACAUAAAUGAGUUCAAUAUUAGAGAAGAGUCCUUUGGCGAUUCAUUUAUGUCUGGCUCAGCAUCGCGUCGACGCAGACGUCGUGAAGCGGCAACUUUAACUGUCAACAAGGAACAUUAUGCUCGGAUUGCAAAUCCAAAAUCGUAUGAAUUGUUGGGCGAGGAUUUGAAAGGAACCCUUCCGGUCAAUCGUACGAUAGUCUUCAAUUGUAACGAUCCCGAGACCACAAUAUGUGUCCAAGCUGUAAUCCCCCUGUACGAUUUCAAACCCAAUAAGCCGCUAACAGUCACCAUGAAAUACCACGUGGACCUGAAGGCGGUCAAUCAGAUUCUAAUCGAACCCUGGGAGUUCUUUGUGGUCGUUGUUGGUUUAAAUGUACAAAAGACUGGUGACCCCUUGGGCACAACUUUGGCUGUUGCCAAAAAUAUAGAGUACAAUAUUAUUUCGAAGCAUCAGCUGUACGGUACACCCAUAUGGGUUAUAAUAGUGUCCGUAAUAGGUGGUCUGCUGGUCCUGGCCUUAAUAACAUAUGGCAUGUAUAGGGCCGGUUUCUUUAAGCGCGCCACCAAGGAAGAGAUGGACAAACUAAUGCACCAAGCCACUCUGUCAACGGAUGGCGUUACGGAGGCAUCGAACUUAAAUACCGCUGGCAACUAAUUUGAUAUAAGCUACAACGUAGGGUGUGACCCAUACAGCUGUGAUGUCUAACUCUCGCCAUUAAUAAUUUAUUGAAUAUGUGUGACAAUAUUUAUUGAAGAUUUUUUUGUUAUGUUUUUUUUUUUUUUUUUAAUUAAAUGUUAAAAUAGUUGUACAUCACAAUGUAAAUGAAGUUGGAGUUAGCCAACUGAAACAUACCAAAUUUAAUUUGUAAAAGCUGCCAUAAGUUUACAGGCAUACUUAUAUGUAUUCAAAUAGUAUAUACUUUUUUCUAUGUUACCAAUAAUGUUAUUUGUAUUUUGUAAAAAUGUGUUAAGAAAUAAAAACGAAUUUUUUAAUUGAAUAA